AUACAAAGGCCGCUUGGGCAAGGUCCAUGGCACACCACUACUGAAGCUACAUAAUCAUGGAUUAGGUGAUUAAUGGUCAGUAUAUAAACCUUGGUUGGUAUUUCGAGAGGCAUUGAAGACCGUCAACAUGCUUGCCUUGACGGGUCUAGCGCUCGCGCUCCUAGCGCUUCCCGGCGUUUUAGGGCAAGAAUCGCGCUGCGCCGCUAACGCCACUCACUCCAUCCACGACUUCACGCUGACUACGAUCGAUGGCGCCAAACAGAUCACCCUGUCUGACUACAAAGGGAAGAUCGUGAUCGUCAUCAAUGUGGCCAGUUUCUGAGGGUUGGUCUUCCAGUACCCCUUGCUGAAUGCACUACGCGAGGAGUACCCUGACGACUUGGAGAUUCUUGCUUUCCCGUGUAACCAGUUCCGCUUGCAGGAGCCGGGCUCCAACAGCGAGAUCAUGCCGCUGUUGCAGCACGUGCGCCCGGGCGGGGGCUAUGUGCCCAACUUCCCGAUGUUUGAGAAGUUGGAGGUGAACGGUGAAUCGGAACACGCCUUGUACACGCGGCUGAAGAGUGUCUGUCCUCCCGUGAAGAUCGACAUCGGCGACCCUGAGCAAAUGUUCUGGUCUCCCAUCCGCGUAGGCGAUAUCACCUGGAACUUUCAGAAGUUUCUGAUCGACGCUGAGGGCGUCCCAUACAAGCGAUACAACCCAUCGGUGAUUCCUGAUCAGCUGAAGGACGAUAUCGAGUUGUUGAUUACUAUGAGAGAUAUGGCAACCUCGCCUCCAGAACCUGAGGACAAAACAACACAAAGUAGUGGGGCAGCCGCUCCCAAAUUUUGGUAGACGAAAAUAGUGUCUUCAAACUGGCCCUUUUUAUUAUGGGAAUCCAUUAUGUCCUAAAUAUAAGAACAAAUGAAUACUAAUUGUUUAACAAAUUUAUAAAUGAUGUAAGAAAUAAUUGUAAAAAUAAUGUUCGUUUGUGCUAAAUGUGUUUGAUCCUGAUUUGGGUACAACAUUGACAAACUUUUGAUAAACAUUUUCUACCAGAUUUUUUUGAGAGAUUUCGUUAUUUCGACUGAAUGUUUGUGUCACAUCACAGCUGAUGACGAGCCGUUUGUAAAUGCCACAAAAUGGCGGGCGAGCGGUUUUGAUGCUUGUUCAAACGUGCAUGCUCUUGUGCAUUCGGGCAUGCGCAGUUCGGACAACUGUGGUCAAGCAGACGCUUGUCGAGCUAACGAAAUCUUUGGCUAUAAAUAUUAUAGACUUUGUUUAUCGAUCAUUCAAUAUGAAGUCAAAAUUGAAAUAAAUGUUCCAAAGAACCUGAAAGCAAACGGAAAAUAUCUGUA